AUGUCUGCGCCUUGUAACUGCACACAUGCUGAUUCGCAAAGUCUCACCAAUACCAAUAAAUCUUUUCAGCAUCUUUCUCCUGAGCUUCAAAAACAAUACUCUGACCCUCAACAUCCAGCGAAUUUAAUCUGUGAAUUGUGCAGGUUAUUUUAUGAUAACAAUUGGGUUACCGGUACAGGUGGCGGUAUUUCAAUCCGAGAUGUCGAGGGGUCCAAUCCUAAUUUAGUUUAUAUUGCUCCUUCUGGUGUCCAAAAAGAACGCAUUCAACCUUGGGAGAUGUUCUUAGUUGAACUCCCCGAUGAGAAACUACUCCAAACACCAAACGAUAUUCCAAAAGAAUUGACUAAAUCUUACAAAUACAAGCCAAGUGCAUGUACUCCUUUAUUCAUGAGCUGCUACAAGAUGAGAGAUGCUGGUGCGUGUAUCCAUACUCACUCGCAAAACGCAGUGAUGAUUACAUUGCUUCUUGAAGGUCAAAAGGAAUUCAAGAUAAGUCAUAUUGAACAAAUUAAAGCAUUGCCUAAACUAAAAUACAAUGAAGAAACCAAAAAGGUGGAAAAAAUUGGUAGCUUGGAAUACUAUGAUACAUUGACCAUCCCCAUUAUUGAAAACACACCACACGAAGAAGACUUGACGGACUCAUUGCAAGAGGCAAUCAGGAACUAUCCAGGUACAUCAGCAGUUUUGGUGAGAAGACACGGGAUAUAUGUUUGGGGUGAGACUGUGUGGAAGGCCAAGGUGUAUAACGAGGCAAUUGACUAUUUGUUGGAAUUGGCAAUAAAGAUGCGCCAAACUGGCAUUCCUCUAGUGAAGAACACUUCGACUUAG